AGGGCGGCGGUGUCGGUGUCGCUGCGUGUCAGCGGGACUUUGUGUGCCGAGCGAGCGAGGAGCGCGGGAAGAUGUCUGGUCGCGGGAAGCAGGGCGGCAAGGCGCGGGCCAAGGCCAAGUCGCGCUCGUCGCGGGCCGGGCUGCAGUUCCCCGUGGGCCGCGUGCACCGGCUGCUGCGCAAGGGCAACUACGCGGAGCGCGUGGGCGCCGGCGCGCCGGUGUACCUGGCGGCCGUGCUGGAGUACCUGACGGCCGAGAUCCUGGAGCUGGCGGGCAACGCGGCCCGCGACAACAAGAAGACGCGCAUCAUCCCCCGCCACCUGCAGCUCGCCAUCCGCAACGACGAGGAGCUCAACAAGCUGCUGGGCAAGGUGACGAUCGCGCAGGGCGGCGUGCUGCCCAACAUCCAGGCCGUGCUGCUGCCCAAGAAGACUGAGAGCCACAAAGCCAAGACCAAGUAGAGCGGGCGGCGGAAACGUCCGGAGCCCAGGAGCAAACCCCAAAGGCUCUUUUAAGAGCCACCCACA